UUUUAAGAUUAAAAUCUAGAAAUUAGACGAUUGGGGUCCGUUUUCGCACUAGAUCACGAAGGCCGGACAAUCUUUGUUCCAUAUAAUUAGUAAGGAGAGGUGUGGGGUUGUCAUCAUGAUUAUUAGGCAACACCUCAAACUGCCACAAUUAUUAUCGAGACCUCACAGCCAAGCUAGCAUAUACAGUUUGAGGGUAUAAUUAAAAUUGAAGCCUAUCAAAAUGCCUCACCCAGAAGUCAAGGUUAUCCGAGGCAAGAAGACAUUUAUUCCGCUCGAAAAUAACCCCGAGGUAAUGAGACAGCUUGCCGAUAAUCUCGGCGUUUCUUCGGAUCUAGAAUUUUAUGACGUGCUCGAUGUGGACGACAAGGAGCUUCUUGCCUUCGUUCCUCGGCCGGUUCACGCACUUAUAUUCUUGUGCCACGAAGACGUUUACCAUGCCACACGCGACGAAGUCGAGGAGCAAAUGAAAGCAUACCAGGGCUUUGGCUCAGAGGAGCCCGUCAUGUGGUUCAAGCAAACAAUCGGCCAUGCUUGUGGAUUGAUGGCAUUUCUCCACAGCAUUUUUAACGGUGCCGGACGUGGCUUCAUACUUCCCGAAUCCGAACUUAAUAAGUUACUCCAAGCUUCCAUUCCUCUUCCUCCUCAGCUACGAGCAGAUCUGUUGUAUCAAUCCGAGUUUUUGGAGUUGGCCCAUAUGUCUGCUGCCACAGUUGGAGAUUCUGUGGCGCCCUCUCCGGAGGACCCAUGUGGGUUUCACUUUAUAUCCUUUGUCAAGGCGAACGAUGGACAUUUGUGGGAGCUUAAUGGCGGUAUGCCAGGGCCUUUAGAUCAUGGCAUUCUGGACCCAGAUGAGGACGCCUUGAGCCCGAAGGCAUUGGAUCUGACUGUCAAGAAGUUCAUCGCCAGAAAAGGAGCAGACAUAAGAUAUAGUAUUGUUGCCCUUAGCUCAGCAUAGCUUGCGAAGAAAUUGCUGCAGAUUCUACAUCAUCUAUAAUCUUAUGUUCUUAGACCGUAUCAAUUACACGCCAAAGCUGCUCUAAACCCUGGUGAACCUAGAAAUUUGAGUACAAGCGGUUCAUCUAUUUAUUGCGAUUACAUGCGUGUAAAAUACUGUGCAUUUAUUUGCGGGGCCAAACUCUUGAAGCAGGGACUUCAGUUCUAUGAUACGAAACCCACAUGUUUUUAGUGACAGAUC